AGAGAGAAGGGGUAUGGGGAGGGGAAGUAAGAUUCUUAAAUAGCAACCAAGAUAAUUCAAACGGAUGCUAGUUGCCAGCUAAAGGCAGAUCUGUGAGGCGUGUCACUUUGGAUUGUGCAUUUUCAAUCACUAAUACUUUAAGCAGCAAUAUAAUAAGCCCCUUAGAGAGACUUGCCAUUGUAUCUGCGUCUACAAAUGUGGAUACAUAGGAAUAGCAGAAAGGCUUUCCAGCCUUCCUGGGAAUAGUUCCACCUCACAGUUUGGGUUAGACUUUGUUCAUAUGUAUGAAUGAGUGAGAGAUUUGUUCUAAUUCUCAUCCAGAGUCAGUCAGCCUGAGCAUUGCAUUGGUGGUAGGAUAGAUACCUCUGAUUGAAUUCGACUGAUCACAACAUAUUGAGCUAGAAAAGCUCCCUUGCAAUACCUAUGGCUGUUAUUCAGGGCUCGCAAUUUUGGAGCAUGCAGCUCAUUUGUUUGUUUUGUGAGCUUUUUAACUCCCACCCCCUGCAAAGGGUUGAAGCUCCCCUAUGUCAAAGUCCUCCUGACAGUACCUCCUAGAGCUGUAAUUUGCCCACUGAGUUCUUUUAAAACAACUCUCUGAAUAUUAGUUCUUCUAAAAUUAUGAGUAGUAUUGCGUGCAAGUGAAUGUGGAUUCCCAUCUACAUUCCUUUUCUUCUGGAGCAGAAUAAGUCAGUUGGAAAUCUCUGGAGUAAGCGGGCUGUAAGUGAAAGUUCAGUUUGACUCCUGCUAUCACUCAAGCUUCUUGGGAUUUCAGCAAACAAGAAAGUUCUGAAGUGUCUUCGAAACAACCUGGGCAGUUCUGUUUCUGAUUUUCUAUCUGUCUCAUUGUGCAUGCACUGAAAUCAAGGGAAGCAAACUGUGAACUGUGUUCUUCCUUCACUGUGGAGAAUGUCUCAUUAUUCUUGUAGAAAGAGCGUCAGCCUGUGGUGACAUUUUGUAUUGCUCUAAGAGAGAGAGGCUUUGUGUGCCUGCCUUUAGAGUCAAGACAGAAGGGUUGCAGUGUUUUUCAAUCACCAGACUGUACAUUUUGAGAACUCCCCUCUUAACCACAUAAAGGCCACUUUAUAACUUGGGAAAGCAGAAAUUAACUUUGCAGCAGGCACACAUUUUUCAGGGCACGUAUGCCUAGCAAUACUCCGAUUUGAAUAAGUUCUAAUUUCAAUGAAUUCCACUAAGUAGUCUAGUAACAACAACAUUGCAUUUUUUCCUGUUACAAUAUGCCAUUAACCACAGUGUUUAAUUAUAAUGACUUUGUGUAGCAGUCCUAUUGUAUUUAGAAGGAAACGAAUUACAGUGUGUCAUGAAACCAUCUAGGUAAACUCAAGAACAAUGCAUGGAUCAAGGCUGCAAUUUUAUGUAUGGUUACUUAGGAGUAAGCCCCAUUGAAGAUGGUAAGUUUUCUGUUUGGGAAAUUAUAUACAGGCUGCAUAGUAAGUUUUGCGCUAUAGAGCAGAAGAAGAAGCUUUAUAGCAAAAUCAAGGUAUUCCAUUGCGAAAUAAUUCCUCUGAUUUACAAUGUUACUUAAACAAGUACAGUGACACUUUCAAAAUUCUGCCACUGACCUGCAGCCCAAUCCUAUGCAUGUUUACUCAAAAGUAAAUUGCUUUGAGUUUGGUGGCGUCUGUUCCCAGGUAAGUGUGCAUAGAAUUGCAGCCUUUGAAAUGGAGCCUUAAAUAUACCUGCUCUUCUUGAGUAGUUCCAUUGAAAACCAUUCCCAUUUAAUAGCAAAGUGUUUCUAUGAUAAGUCACUGAGACUGCAAGCCUAAACACCAUUCUAAGGAGCCUCAUUGAACCUGGUGGCUUACCUCUGAGUAGACAAUGGGGGGUGCUGUGAGGAUGCAAUCUUGUGCAUGCUUACUUGAUAGCAAGGCCUAUUGAAUCCAUCCUGUUUCUUACUCAGGCUGAGACAUGUCACAUAGUACCGGUAUAUAGGCAACAGAAUAUAUAGUACAGUACUUCAUUGCAUGGUGGCAGAGGGAGACCUUCUGCAAAUAUUAAGACAUAUUCCGCUUAUAUUCAGAUUUUCAUGGAACGUUGGGAGAUGAUACCGGUACUACCUCCACAUGGUUAUUUAUUAUUAUUUAUUUUAUUAAUUUAUAGCAGUUCUAUUCUGCUUCUGCUUUGCAACAGAGAUGUUCAAAGUGACUAACAGUGUAUAACAAGCAACAUCACAGGUAAAAAAAACCCCAAUAACCCUCGUCAGUUAAAAUAGUCAAAUGAAUAACAGCACAUCACUCGUCUAAAAACUAGCAUAAAAUAAGUGGAGGAUUCCUCCCUGUACCUUCCCCAAAUUUGCUCCAGAGGGUUCUGGAAAACCCCAGAGCUGGGGUUGCUGGGGGAAAGAGGUGGGAGAGGAUGUUCCAUUGUGUAUGUCCUUGCGCCAACUGGCACUACUUCAUUGGAUACAGCAAUUAGGUUGCAACCUUACUCUCACUUACCUGGGAGUAUGCGCCAAUGAAUUCCCUAUGGCCUACUUCUGUGUAGCAGAAACAGCAGUAGAAUUACAGUGCAUGCUAACAAAGCAAAGUCAUUCAAUUUAUCCAGGGCACAGGACUUGGAUUGUACACAGUAAACACAGUAUACGGAGAUGCCAUUAUUUUGCCUUGCCAUUUAGAAGUUCCUAAUGAUCUUAGGUUUGGAAAAUGGAAAUAUGAAAUGGCAAACAAGGCUUCGGAGUUUAUUGCCUUCCGAUCUGCAACCAAAAAAACUGUACAGUAUGAUGAUGUCCUGGAAUACAAAGACAGAUUAAAUCUCUCUGAGAAUUAUACGCUAUCAAUUAGUAAUGCAAGAAUCAGUGAUGAAAAGAGAUUUGUGUGCAUGCUCGUAACAGAGGACGAUGUCUUUGAACAGCCCACAAUAGUAAAGGUGUUCAAACAACCAUCACAACCUGAAAUUAUAAGUCGAGCAACAUUUUUAGAAACAGAACAGCUAAAAAUGCUUGGGGAAUGUAUCUCUCAAGAUGGUUAUCCAAAGGGAAACCUUACGUGGUUCAAGAAUGGAGUUGUUUUGCAGCCCACUGAAGAGGCUGUUAUAAAUGAACAAACAAAAGUGAAUCAAACAACUGGACUCUACACCGUGAUAUCUUCUUUGGAAUAUAAGCCAACAAAGGAUGAUACAAAUGCACAGUUUACCUGUUCGGUGACGUAUUUUGGACCAACAGGACAAGAAACAAUACGGUCAGAAUCAGUAGCCUUCGACAUUCACUAUCCUACAGAGAAGGUUAGAAUUCAAGUACUUACAGAAAGAAAUACCAUUAAAGAAGGUGAUAAUAUCACCCUAAAAUGUUCAGGAAAUGGUAAUCCUCCACCUCAGGAAUUUUUCUUCUACAUUCCUGGGGAACCAGACCCUAUAAGAAGUUCAAGUCUUUACGUAUUGACUGAUGUUAGAAGAAAUGCAACAGGGGAAUAUAGAUGUUCACUGACUGAUGAGAGUUUGAUGGAUUCCACUAUAAUUACAGUACAUUAUCUGGAUUUGUCACUUACUCCCAGUGGAGAAGUUAUUAAGCAGAUUGGAGAAGCACUGCCUGUAUCCUGCACAAUCUCUUCCAGUAGAAAUGCCACCGUAUUCUGGAUGAAGGACAAUACAAGAAUGAAAGCAAGUCCAUCGUUUUCAAGUUUACAGUACCAAGAUGCAGGAAAUUACAUCUGCGAAACUACUUUACAGGAAGUUGAAGGGUUAAACAAAAGGCAAAUUCUUACGUUGAUAGUGGAAGGAAAGCCACAGAUCAAAAUGACAAAGAGAACUAGCACAGAUGGAUCAUAUAAAAUGAUAGCCUGCCAUGUGGAAGGGUUUCCCAAACCAGCAGUACAAUGGACUAGCAGUGGAGGUGUCAUAAAUAAAACAGAGGAGACUAAAUAUGUAAAUGGAAAGUUUACUAGUAAAAUCAAAAUUGCUCCUGAAGAGAAUGUUACACUGACGUGUAUUGCGGAAAAUCAGCUGGAAAGAACUGUGACCUCUUUGAACGUAUCUGCUAUAAGUAUUCCUGAAUCUGACGAACCAGAAGAAAAAAGUGAUGAUAAUAGGGAAAAUGUUAAUGACCAGGCAAAGCUAAUAGUGGGAAUCGUGGUUGGUCUUCUUCUAGCAGCUCUGAUUGCUGGUGUUGCUUACUGGCUAUACAUGAAGAAAUCAAAGGAUGUCAACGGAGAGCCUCAGAAGGAAGCAGCACAGAACAUUCAAACACUCCCGAGGUCAGCCUCAAAACAUGUAGAUAAAGACCUUGGAAAUAUAGAGGAAAACAAAAAGUUAGAAGAAAACAAUCACAAAUCGGAAGCUUGAGAUAGAGAACUUGUCAGUCACCACCAUUCCAGAGAAUAAACAUAGACCAACUGAAGCAUGAACAUGGAUUGUAUUUAAGAUAUAUACAAAGACAUGACAGCUAUUCAUGGUUCAAGUAUUACACAGAUCAUUCUAUCAAGUUUUCAGAGGAAUUUACACAGUUAUCUCAAGCUUACAAAAAUAUCAGCAAAACUAAUUUUGGCGGCAGCCGUGAUAAUAGGUCACAAGUUUGUGUUCUGUUUGAAUAUCUUUUUUCUUUUUUUUCUUUUUUUUUGUAAAUGUCUGCACUGAAGAUUUCUUUUGGUUUGCCUUUAUGUAAAUUUUUUACGUAGCUAUUUUUAUACACUGUAAGGCUUUGUUCUGGGAGUCGCUGGUAAUCUGAUGUAUAGUGUAAUGUUUUUAUUUCCAUUGUUUUUUGCACCCUUUAAAGAGGUACAUUUCUAAUUCUGAUUGCUAUCAGUAAAGCUCUUACUUUGCACAGCAAGUAUCUAAUUUAUAAGAUUGCCUUAUGGGAAAUGAGACACUUCUCUCUCUGUUUUUCAAUCACCACUAAAGGAAAAAGGGGGGAAUAAAUCUGUAAAAAAAUAAAUAAGUAAAAGCAAACUAACCGGUUUUUAAAAUAAUUAACACCUGCUCAACUACAAAGGACAUGUAUAUAAUUUACAAAAGGAGAGUAAGGUAUUAAGCAAGAUUCAUGUUGUCAUGUAUACAGAUGUCCUACUAACAAGUCUUUUUUAGACAGGAAAAUCUUUUUAUUGAUAGCAUUCUGGAAAACUAAUUGUUAUUGCAAUUCCAUGAUAUAUAGUGUGAAUGACUGAAAUUAAGAAUUAGUUCUGAAAUAUUUUUGUUAUCCACUGCCUUAAAUAUUAUCUAUCUUUUUAUUUUAAAAGGGAAAAAAAGAUCAGUUGAAAUUGGAAGUUUUUGGGUUUUUUUAAGUGGUCAUAUCAAAGCUGCAUUUUUCCACAAAAUAGAAUAUAUAUUUUUGUGUGUGUGCGUUUUUGUUAACUACACUACAGAUAUUGCACCUUGAGAUAAUUUUAGUGUUUUUAACUGGUACAUAAUUUAUCAAAAAAAGUACAUGAAAUUGUAACAAUGAAAUGAAAUCUAUGUAUCUUUAGUUACAUUCAAGAUUGUAACUUUAUAAACCUGUUUUAUGCUUGAGAAUUUUUUUAGAAAGUUAGCAUAAAAAGAAACAUUUGAAUAGAUUGGGGCAAAUAGCAGCAUUUAGCAGUGCUCUUUAGCGAAGAAUAGCAUCUGGGAGAAUGUGCUAGAUAAUUUUUGAUAACGGCAGGAAAAUAUUAUUGGAAUGGAAGUUUCUGUUUACAGAUUUACGAGCCAGGAAAACAGGAAGAUUCUGUAGAUUGCGGGGAGUUUAAGAAGACGAAAAAUGGAGAUGGAAAUUAGGAAAUGUAUUUUGCCACUUAGGGGAGAAAAACACUGUUGUAAAUUUGUAAAAUGUUAAAUGUCUGGGCAGUAGUGACUGAUGUCUUAAAUAAAAGCUUCCUGUAGUGUACUGGCAUGGAUUAAAUACAUGAAAUGUCCUAUAAAUUCAAUACUGUAUAAAAUAUUACAGAAAAAAACUGUUAAAGUCCUCUCUGCAUUGGUUAAGGCUUUAUUUGGCAGGGGAACAAAAAAUUAAUCUUGGUCAAUGUUUAAACCAAAGUUAAAAGGGGGAUAAAACCAAAGUCAUUUGUUUUGCAUGGCAAAGCCAUUUAUGAUAUCUUUGUAAAUACUGUGUUUUUUCCUUUCUUCUUUUUUUUAGAAUUUUGUUUUUUUAAAAAAAAAUCUAAAAUUUUUAAGCACCUGUUUUCCAAAAUAAAAUGUGAACACACACACAACAAACUUUAUAUAUAAUUUUGUUUUGGCGUGAAGACAUCAUUGCUUGUAAGGAAGAUUCCAUUGGUGUGAGUACAGUAAAGGGAAAAGACUUGCACUGCAAUAUCAUGUCUUUAAAUUUUAUGAAAUGUAAGCAUACAAAAGUAGUCCCAUUAACAAAAGGAUCUCUCCUGAUCUGUAAGAGAGCCAUGCAACUGACCAGACUUGAAACAAGAGUGGACACCAAAAAAUGAAAGUGCUCAACUUCUGCAUCCAGUGUCAUUAUGGGAAAUCAAACUCUCACCUUUUGAAUUUCUACUGGCCGUUCCAAUGUAAUUCUUGGGGGGUGUUUUCUUCACUGUUGACAUCAGACAUGUUUCCGGAAUCAACAGUACAAAUUAAUUGUUGCAAUUCAUGCCUGAAAGACAAUAAAAGUGAAGUAUGUUUUCA